ACUCCCAACAGUUUAUACUCAUCCCCACAUACACAGAAAUUCACAAUUUAGGAAAUCAGCUGAGUUGUGCUUCACGCGGCGUAGACACUUUCCGACUUUCGUUGAAAUAUUUAGUGAUAACAUGAGUCCUAUAGGUCCACCUGAAACUAAAGUAAUUGUAGAAACUUCAUUAGAAUCACCUGAAUAUGAUGGAAUUCUUAUUGUUUCUGCUCCAGGCCAGGUACUAAAAUGUACAAAAUUGAAACAAAUUGUUGAAGAAGCAUUAAAAUUCGACCCUUCUUUAAAAUCAGAAAUAGCUGUUUUACAAACCGACUUACCGGCUAAACGGCUAGUUUACUCUCCUACUGGACCCAUUGAUUCUGAUUAUGAUGAUGUGAGAAUUUUCAAAAAUAGUGCAGCGGCGGGUGUUAAGAGGGCGCUUAAAGCUGGUAUUAAGAAACUGUUGUUAGUACUUGAAGAAUUCCCGGCUUUUGAAAAUGCCGAAUUGGUUACACUUUUAGGAGCACUGGAAGCAUUAUAUACGCCAAUUCAAGUAAGGGAACAUGAUCCCUCAAAACAACAAAAAGUUGAUUACUUGGGAGUUUACACCCACAAUUCGGACAAAACAAAAGGACUGAUAUCUUUGGCUGUCGUAUUGGAAACUGGUAGAAGAGUAGCAUGUGAUAUUGGUGACUCUGACCCAGAACGAAUGACUCCAGCCAGAACAGAAGAAUAUGUCAAAAAUCUAUUCAAGGAUUCUAAUAUUAAGCUGACCGUAGUUAGUGAUAUUAAAGAAAUCAAAAAAGGUUAUCCACUAUUUGAGGCUGUGAAUAGAGCUGCAAGUGUACAAGAAAGACAUAACGGAAGGAUUAUCUACUUGGAAUACAAUCCACCCCAAGCUGUUAAAGAAACUUUGUUUAUAGUUGGAAAGGGUGUUACUAUGGAUACUGGUGGUGUUGAUGUGAAGAUUGGUGGUGCUAUGGUAGGAAUGUCACGCGAUAAAUGUGGUGCUGCAGCUGCAGCUGGUUUUAUGGCAGUUGUUAAUCUACUACAACCUCAAAAUCUCAAAGUAAUCGUUGGAUUAGGUAUGGUUAGGAACAGUAUUGGUUCUAAUGGAUACACUACUGACGAGGUAUUAACUGCCAGAUCAGGAGCACGAGUACGUGUCGUGAAUACAGAUGCAGAAGGCAGGAUGAUUAUGACUGACAUUUUGUGCAAGUUUAAAGAAGAUGCGAUUACUGCUGUGAACCCUCAACUUUACACCAUAGCGACAUUAACUGGUCAUGCGCACAGAUCAGUUGGGGAAGGCUACUCUAUUGCAAUGGAUAAUGGACCUGCUAGAAAGCUGAACAUUGCCGGAAAAUUGCAGCAAGCUGGAGACAAAGUUGGAGAUUUAUUUGAAAUAUCCAGAUUACGUCGUGAUGAUUUCAAACAUCAUAAAGGGGAAAUGGAAGGAGACGACCUUAUCCAAAGUGCUGCAAAGCCUUCAACAUUAGUUACAAGAGGUCAUCAAGGUCCUGGAGCAUUUUUAAUUGUGGCUUCCGGUUUGGACAAACACGGUUCAGAUAGCGAGGUGCCUUUGAAGUAUACCCACAUUGACAUUGCGGGGUCAGCAGGCUCUCUUCCCUUACCUGCCACAGGUGCUCCCGUUCUUGCUUUGUCGCAGGCAUAUUUAUUCUAGAAAUGAUUGUAUUGUAUUUAACGAUAUAGUAAUUAAAAAUGUUGUCAUCUCUCUUUUAAGUAAUAAAAAGUUAUUUUCAUUACUUUU